ACAGAGCGUAUAAAUACUUCUGCAUGUUUAUGAGCGCUUAAUAUCACCUGCUCAACAUGACGAACCACUUUGCUGCUAUUACCUGCCUGCUUUUUGCAAGUCAUGUCACAGCGUUGCCGACAAGAUUCAACAAAAACACAAAUGACAGACCUAUAAUUGGCAUUCUGACCCAGAUAGUGACUGAUGAUGUGAUGAAGCCCUAUGGAAAUACUUAUAUUCCUACUGGAUAUGUGAAGUACAUUGAAUCUGGAGGCAGUAGAGUUAUGCCUGUAAGAGUGAAUCAGGAUGCAGAGUAUUAUGAAGAUAUUUUUCAAAAGAUAAAUGGCCUGCUCCUCAUUGGUGGAGCUGCAGACCUACAGACAUCCGACUUUGCCAGAGUGGCCAAAAUCUUCUUCAAGCUUGCUCUGAAGGCCAAUGAUGCUGGAGACUAUUUUCCGAUCUGGGGCACGUGUAUGGGCAUGCAGCAGCUGUCUGUUCUUGUAGCUGGAGAGAAUCUGCUCUCAAAAACCACAGCGGAAAACGAAGCCAUGCCUCUAAACCUCACAGCAGAGGCCUAUUUAAGCAAAAUGUUCCAGGACUUUCCAGCACCUCUUAUGAAAGCCAUCACUCAGGAGCCACUGACCGCUAAUUUUCACAACUAUGGCCUCACAGUACAGACUGUGCUGGAAAAUGAAAAAUUGAAUAACUUUUUCACCAUUUUGUCCACAAACGUCGCUGACAACGGAGCACACUUUGUUUCCACUAUAGAAGGUAAAAAAUAUCCCUUUUACGGAGUACAGUGGCACCCAGAAGUGAACCGCUUUCAAUGGAAGAGCGAUAAAAACUUCCCUCACUCGUACAAUGCCGUUCAGUUGUCCACUCUGCUCGCUCAGUUCUUUGUCAAUGAAGGAAGGAGGAGUUUACACCAGUUUGAGGAUCCUCACGAAGAGGAGAAGGUGCUCAUUUACAACUAUAACCCGGUUUACACUGCCAACUUCACAGCAUAUGAGCGGGUUUAUUUCUUCUGACGCACAGAGAUGGUGUGAAUGAAAAUAUGCCACUGCUGUGUUUCGAUUGGCUGUCUGCAUGAGUCACUGUUGAUGAAAAUGCUUUCCGAUGACAGAACAGCUAUUUUUACCCCAGUAUUCAGAGAUAUUUUGCAAUAAACUGUUACAAGUGCUUACUUUGCACGAAUCAGUGAUAUUUCAUUGUAGUUUUAAAUGCCACUUGCAUUUUGAGUUUAUAAAAAGCAUUUGUUUUUUUCUAUCUGUGCACAUGUCUAAUGAUGUUACAAUGACAAUAAAGGAAAGUUAUGACUCUUUUCUUAGAGUUCAAAAGUA